UACCCUCCUAGUAGUUUUCCCGCUUCCGAGAUCCGCUCCGUCAUAAUCAUCAUCAUGGCAAAGAACAACUACACCUCUAGGUAGCCAAGUACCUAGCCUAUCCACGCACCAACCAACCUAGUCCUAAGCAACAGCCGAAAGAAAGAAGAAAGAAGAAAAAUGCUACCACCCCAACCACCCCCGGCCCCGGACUCCCCGGACUUCAGCCCCCUAGCCAUCGGCGAGGACCUGUCGCCGCUGCCGGCGUACAAGGCCGCGGGCACGGCGGAGAUCGGCUUCGACGGGCUUCUGGCGGAGCCGCUGCGGCUGCGCGAGGACCUGGCGUCCGGGUGCGGGGGCCAGACUUGGCCCGCCGGGAUGGUGCUGGGACGGCAUAUGCUGCGGUACCAUCGGGAGGACUUGCGGGAGGCGAGGAUAUUAGAACUAGGGGCCGGAGGCGGCUUGGUAGGCUUGGCGGUGGCCCGGGGUUGCGCGGUCGGGACGACCCCUCUGUUCGUCACGGAUCAGCUGGAGAUGCAUUCGCUGAUGGAACACAACAUCGCCCUGAACAACCUCGAGGGGAAAGUGCAAGCCGCGAUUUUGAACUGGGGCGAGCCGCUUCCCGCAGCCGUGGUAGCCCUGAAGCCGAACGUGGUCCUCGCGGCCGACUGCGUGUACUUCGAGCCCGCCUUCCCGCUCCUGCUAGCCACGCUAUCGGACCUGCUUACGCUGUGUCCGGAAGCCACCAUCUACUUCUGCUUCAAGAAGCGGAGACGCGCCGAUAUGCAGUUCCUCAAGAAGGCGCAGAAGAUGUUCAAGGUGACUGAAGUUGUGGACGACGAGCGCCCGGUCUUUUGUCGGGAGGGGCUGUUUCUGUAUACCUUUCAGGCUUCUACGUAGGGGGCUGUUCUGCUACCCCUCCUCUCUUUCCUCACGUGUUGCUAGAAAUCAUAGAGGUUACUACCAAGGCGUCUGUGUGUCUAAUGGAAACAGCAUGACGUCGGU